UUGAGCGCGUCGGGAACGGGCGCAUGCGCAAAUCCCCGGCGGUCUCGCGCGGGGUGCGUGUUGCGUUAAGGCCUUUUCUCUUCCGGCGCGUCGUGCGGGCAUCUCCUCGGUCGAGUCCGGUUCGGUAGAAGAAGGUCUCCUGCGGCGGCGUCGGUCGGGGUUCGGAAGGGCUAGAAGAAGAAGCCUCGAGCGGGUGACCGGCGGGCGGGAUGUCGGGGCCUACGGCAGGUUCGGCGGGCUCGGCCCGAAAGCGGCUGCUGAAGGAGGAGGACAUGACCAAAGUGGAGUUCGAGACCAGCGAGGAGGUGGACGUCACCCCCACCUUCGACACCAUGGGCCUCCGCGAGGACCUCCUGCGCGGCAUCUACGCCUACGGUGCGCGCGCGGAGCCGGCGGGGGGGGGGCUGGCCGCGCCGCCCUUUCCGCGGAAGUAGGGCGGGAGGGAAGGGAAGGGAAGCAGCUCUCCGCCCCCCCCCCGGACGGUUUCGGCCGUUAUUCUUACUUGCGUUCGGUGCUUUUUAUGUAUCCUCCUCUGCCCAGGUAGGCGCCGGUGUGAGAUUUAAAUAACGGCGUUAAGAUUCGAAACCAAUUCAAAGGAAUACUAUAUAAGAUUUAAUAAUAAUAAUAAUUUAUACCCCGCCCAUCUGGCUGAGUUUCCCCAGCCACUCGGGGCGGCUCCCAAUCAAAUGUUUAAAACAGUACAGCAUUAAAUACUAAAAACGUCCCUAAACAGGGCUGCCUUCAGAUGUCUUUUAAAGAAAAGAUAGCUGCUUAUUUCCUUCACACCUGAAGUUUGGUAGUUGUUGUUCUCUUUGACAUUUGGUGGGAGGGCGUUCCACAGGGAGGGCGCCACUACCGAGAAGGCCCUCUGCCUGGUUCCCUGUAACCUCACUUCACACAAUGAGGGAACCGCCAGAAGGCCCAUGGCGCUGGAUCUCAGUGUCUGGGCUGAACGAUGGGGGUGGAGACGCUCCUUCAGGUAUACAGAACCAAGGCCGUUUAAAUGUAGUACCAUUGUAAUUCGUCCCCACGUGUUUUUUCAUUGGGUUAUUUGUUUUACUUCCAUGAAAUUUAUACGCCGCUUGAUAGUAAAAACAAAGUGAAUUCCUCGAAGCAGCGAAGUCUCCUGCUUAAUAUCAAUUGGCAGGGUGUUCCACGGUGUAAGCGCCGCCACACUCAAUGAUCAAGUUCAUACAAAUGCGGAAUGGGUAUUAUGUAGCACCUGUAGCAGUGCCUAAAUAAACUUUUAGUAUGUAUUGUAUUGCUACUGCAUUCCAAAACAUCAGCUACAUCAGUUUUAACGGGCACACUGGUUUUUGUGUAUUUUUUGGGGGGGCGGUGUCAUUCCUUUUUGUUGGUCUAUCAAAGUCUACACGACACAAUACAAAAGGAAAAGGUGAAGAGGGUUGUGAUGAGAAUUGCUGUUGGAAAGUGUGCCCAAGAUAGGAUUUGUUCUGAAAUAAAUCUCACUUCAAGCAUAUAAAGCAGUGGUGCUGCUGGACUUGAGCUCUGAUCUGCCCCAACUACAACGGGGUGAUGGGACUUCUAGUCUAACAGCACCUGGAAGGUACCAUGUUAGCUACCCUGGAUUUGUUUCUUCCUCUUUUCUCCCAUAAAUGCAAAAGCUUGUAUCAGAUUUAAACCAUACUCAAGAGUAAACCAGUUGAAAUCAGUGGACUUAAGUUAGUCAUUAUUUAAGUCUGCUGACUUCAGUGGGUGUACUCUGAAUAUGAUAGUUUGAUACAACCCUUUGUUAUUUACGGAGACAUCAAACCCAACUUUCCCUUCUUGGUCAUUUGUAGCUGCGUCCCUCAUUGAAUUUUUACUUUGUGAAUUUAGAGAUGUGCGAAGUUUGCAGAUUGUCGUUGGCCACUUUCAUUCCCAAAUAAUAAAUGUUGGCACCUGACUGUCACUUUUUCCUUCCUCUCCCCAGUCUCCUCCCUAGCUCCUAUUACUUUUUAAAAUUGAGUGCCAACAGCUAUAGAUUUCAGUUCUUUGGUUUCUAAAUGUUGGUUUUAUAACAGUAUUGCUCUGGCCAAUGUUUUUAAGGUACAUUGUGUAAUUGGAAGGGGAAUCUAACCUUUACAAAUGAAUUUUGUAGGUUUUGAGAAGCCUUCAGCUAUCCAGCAGAGAGCUAUCAAACAGAUCAUUAAAGGAAGAGAUGUGAUUGCACAGUAAGUGAAAUUGCACACACACACACACACACACACACACACACACGACUUUGGGAUAUUGUCAGACUAAGAAUGCAAAUAGUUUAUUGAAUAAUAAGAGUUGGAAGGGACUCCAAGGGUGAUCUAGUUCAACCCCCCGCAAUGCAAGAAUCAUAGGUAAAGCAUCCUUGACAGAAGGUAAUUCAACCUCCGCUUAGAAACUUGCAAUAAAAAAAUGGGUUCCUAUUUAUUUAUUUUAAAAGUAAUAGCAAUCCACUUAAAACUCCCCACUCUAAAGGGAGUCAAGGUCUGCCUCACAGGAUUGCAGUGUGUGUGUGUUGGUCCUCCACCUCAUCCACACAAGCCCUGCCCCAACUCACCAGCUUCAUGCUUUACUCAGCUCUUUCCAUGUUCUUUAAUUGUAAGGAACGAUGCUUUUGAAUGCACAGGACUAGAGUAACUCCAAGAGGGCAAUUUAUGGCAUGUUUACUGAAAACUAAAUCCCAUUGGGUUCAUUGGGACUCGCUCACUAGUAAGCAUGUGUAGAACUGCUGUCUCCGUGAACCAUUUAGAAAGAGAUGCCUUUACUUGGUGUCUUUUACUCUCUGGCACAAUCCCAUCCAGCUAUAAUUCUUACCUGUAGGUAUAGUUUUUCAUAGAUUAAGGUUACCAGACAUCCCCAUUUCCCAGGGACAGUCCCCAGAUUUACAAAUCAGUCCCCAUACAAAAUCCAUUGAAGUUGAAAAGUGUCCCUGGAUUCAAUGAAAACAAUCUGGUAAUUUUAUCAUAGAUGGCAUUCAUAGGUAGCUGUAGGUGACCUCCCACAUUGAUCUCAUUGUGACCAUAUACCUAUAACUGUCUAAAAUUAGAAUCUAGGUGUUCAGGGGAAUUCUCACUUAUUUUGCAUGUAAGUUCUAGUAUUAGCUUUAUCUAUUGUAAACCACUUUUAUCUUAGGUUAAAUAAGCUGUAAUGCAGAUAAUCCCAGUAGACAAAGUUUGUUCCAUUUAGAAUUGAUUAGCACAGUACAUAUAUUGGUCUUAAAUUUUAUUUGGAGGCUGGUCUCAGGUGGAUUUGCAUAUCUGGUUUCAUUAAUGGAUAAUCUGUCAAAACUAUUUUGAUAGUACUCAACAAGGUUAAUAUUGUAUAUGGUGAUAUUUAUUGCUUAUGUUUUCAGACACAGCUAUUAAAAAUACUAUUCUUUCUAGAUCACAGUCUGGAACAGGCAAAACAGCAACGUUUUCCAUCUCCGUUCUACAGUGUCUGGACAUCCAGGUACCUUUGGAACACAAAUACUCAACACUUACUUUUGAAGAUGCAAAUAGUGUUCUGACUAGUUAUAGUAUAUAAUCUCAUUGUCUUAACAUUGACCAAUGACAGCGUUCCAGAUUAAUUCCAUUUUUUGAACAUUGGAUUCCAUCCCAAAUACUCUAUACAUGCUUUGUCUCAUUAAGAGAGAUCAUAAGUUGAUAUGUGAACACUUCAAAUAACUUUUUAGAAGGAAUGAAGGCUGCAACACUUAAACUGUUUCAUUUCAAUCAGGUUCGUGAAACGCAAGCAUUGAUAUUGGCACCUACCAGAGAAUUGGCAGUACAGAUUCAGAAGGUAAGCAAAUCUUAUACAAGAUUGUAACUUAUGAAAAUGGAAGGCUGCAGCAUCUCUAGGCCCUGUGACAAGCUCUGUUCUCCUUCCACUACAAGCAGCUCAGUUAUCUCAGGUGGGCGCAGCAUUAUAUUGAAGCCUCAGUGCCCUGUGGAUGCUUCUAGAGUGGCUGCAAAUGUUUCUGCAACUGCCUAAACAGAAUGGUGCUGCAUACAAGCGCCCUUACACUUAGCACAAUCCCAGUGGUCUUUCCUGAUUUAAAUUCUGAAAGCCCAUAAUUUGCCUACAGUAAAGGUAAAGGUACCCCUGACCAUCAGGUCCAGUCGUGACCGACUCUGGGGUUGCACGCUCAUCUCGCUCUAUAGGCCGGGAGCUGGCGCUUGCCCGCAGACAGCUUCCGGGUCACGUGGCCAGCGUGACUAAGCCGCUUCUGGCGAACCAGAGCAGCACACGGAAAUGCCGUUUACCUUCCCGCCGGAGAGCGGUCCCUAUUUAUCUACUUGCACUUUGAGGUGCUUUCGAACUGCUAGGUUGACAGGAGCUGGGACCGAACAACGGGAGCUCACCCCGUCGCGGGGAUUCGAACUGCCGACCUUCCGAUUGGCAAGUCCUAGGCUCCGUGGUUUAACCCACAGCGCCACCCGCGUCCCGUUGCCUACAGUAGCUUCUUGUAAUUAGCAGCAAGUCUCAGGCAGGGUUUGAGAACACAGGAUUGCAGCAACCUUCCAAAUGCUAAGCAAGUUUGUAUUGGGUCAGUGCUUGGAUGAAAGACUGCCAGGGAGCCCUUUGCAUGCCGCCUGGAGUUGUAUGAUAGAAGAAAAGUAGAAUAGCAGUGUGAUGUAUAUAGAAUGCAUUGCACCAUUUAGCACUUUUGAAUCUAUCGAACAGCUGUAGAAAUGGCUGCAGCAACAAGACAAAAGAAGUCAAACACUCUUGACUUUGAAAAUGAAAUAGUAUUUACAUACAGGAGAAUGCGCCUCUUCAGUCUCUGACACAUGCAUUCGCAGGAGAUGUCAUGGCUCUUGCCAGGGUCCCUGGUUCAGUUACUGUUUGGGUUGUGUAGUACCCUUGAAUAUAAGCUGUUUGUGUGCUUGCUCCUGCAGGGGCUUCUUGCUCUUGGUGACUACAUGAAUGUCCAGUGUCAUGCUUGUAUUGGUGGGACCAACGUUGGUGAAGACAUCAGGAAGCUGGAUUACGGACAGCAUGUUGUUGCUGGCACACCGGGGCGUGUAUUUGGUGAGAAGAUUAAUUUUAUUAAGGAAAACCAAAGAAUUUGCCUUAAUGUGUUGAGUAGAUGCUUGUAAGCUUUAUGUUCAAGAUACUUUUCAGUCCUUAGUUCUGUGCUCCAGGUGUGGAACUACAGCUGUGGUUCUCUUACCCUGUCCUCCCCAUUCCUCCCUUAUUCUGCACUUUGUCUUAGUUUUAAACAAUCUAUGAAAGCACCAUAUAAACAGAAAUGCAACUACAGAAAAUUAGGUUAAGUAGUGCUGUUGCUUUGUAACUUUUGUAUAAUCAGAUUUUUUGUGUGCUUGGUAAGUAUACCACUGCUGUCAUAAUCCCAAUUGAGAUCAGACUCCCUUUGCUCCUCUGAGCCAUCAGUUUGCAGAAUAAGAAGUGACUCUCAGCAUCUCUGCUAGAUCCCUGUUUCUUGACGCAAACCUGAAAUCUUUCAGAUAUGAUCCGUCGCAGAAGUCUAAGAACUCGUGCCAUCAAAAUGUUGGUUUUGGAUGAAGCUGAUGAGAUGCUCAAUAAAGGUAAAGAAUUAUUUUAACCCCAGUGUCCUAAACUUUUGUUGUGGAUGCAAGUCAUGGGUUUUUUUCUAUAAAAAUCCAAAACAUGUUUGCCUAAAAUGUCGGAGCAAUGUGUGUUUUUCUGUCAUACAAAUACUUGGAAACUCCUUCCAGGUGGCAUCGGGGGGGAGUUCCCGCGGGCUCACAAGGCUUGAGGGCGGCAGCCUGUUAUGGGGGCUGGGGUUGGGGGAAGCUUGGGCUUCCCCUGCCCCAGCCCCGCGGCUGGGGGGGGGGAAUAUAUUUUUUUUAUUCAUUCCCCCCCCCAAAAAAAAACAACCCGAGGUGCGUCCUAUGGGCCAGUGCGUCCUAUAGGGCGAAAAAUACGGUAUUCGGUAUAAGAACUCCGCAAAACCGGAAGUAGUGUUCCAGUUAGCGAAUUUUACCUCGGUCUACGAACAGAAACAAAACAGUGGAAGGCACCGGUGGCGGGAGGACUCAUUAGGGAAAGUGCGCCUUGAUUUAAGAACGGCUUUGGUUUAAGAAUGGACUUCUGGAACGGAUUAAGUUUAUAAACCGAGGUACCAGUGUACUUGUUAAUUAUCGGCAAGGCACCAAAUAAUUAUUUGGUGAGUAGGCAGGAAAAAUCUAUGGCCAAAUGUCACCUGCAGCUAUAGCCCCACACACACUGAAGCUUUAUGCCAUAACAUUAAAGCAAGUGUGAGUGCACCUUACCUUUUUAGAUUGAAGGGGUAAAGUGAUGAAAGGUGAGUUUGAGCUCCAUGUCGGGCAAAAGAUUUUUGCAUUGCAGAGGGUUGGACUAGAUGAUCCUCGUGGUCUUUUUCCAACUCUUCAGUUCUACGAUUGCCAGUGCUUCAUUCGUUAACAGCUUGCAGAACUGCUAGCUUGUAUUUUGUUUGAUUGCAAGUCACUUUGGGUUGUCCUGGGCAAUAUAAAAUGACUAAAUGCUCCUGCCAACCUAGCAGUUCAAAAGCAUGGCAGUGCAAGCAGAUAAAUAGGUACCGCUGUGGCAGGAAGAUAAAACAGCAUUUCCGUGCACUCUGGCUUCUGUCACAGUGUUCCAUUGCGCCAGAAACGGUUUAGUCAUGCUGGCCACAUGACCCACAUGUCCUGUGGACAAGUGCUGGCUCCCUCGGCCUGAAAGCGAGAUGAGCGCUGCAAUCCCAUAGUCACCUUUGACUGGACUGGGAUCCUUUACCUUUUUACCUUUACCUAUGUCAAAUGAGCCUCACCAUUUCAGCAGACAGCCAGCAAUACUCCUACCCAAGCAGUUUCUGGGGUACUCUGGGCUUAAGUUGCCUGAGGCUUUGUAAAGGAAUACAGAGACCUUAAACCUUGUUUGGUAGUAAAUGGGCAGCCAGUCCAUUCUGCACCAGCUGGAGCUUCCAGACCAAGCCCAACAGAGUGCAUUGUAAUCCAGCCUAGAGGUUACCAACACAUGGACUAUAGUGAUCGGGCAUGGAGGAAACAAAUUUGGAGUGGCUUUGGUUGUAAUAAAUGUGCACCAAGGUACAAUAAGGUUCUCAAAUGUACCCUCUCUUGUUUGGUUGGUUCAUCUAGGUUUUAAAGAGCAAAUUUAUGAUGUGUACAGAUACCUUCCUCCAGCAACACAGGUGGUUCUGAUCAGUGCCACCUUGCCACAUGAGAUAUUGGAGAUGACCAACAAAUUCAUGACUGACCCCAUCCGCAUUCUGGUCAAGCGGUGAGUGAGUGAGUUUGAGUUUAGCUCACGUUGGUGCUUCCUCUUAUAUUAGUAGUUCUGAAUCUGAUGACAGUGACAGUGUUAAAUAUCUGAAGUAUUUUCUCUGAAUGCAUUUGGUUGUUUCCUUCCUGAUCCUUGUCCUGCUGUCUAAAUUCUUCUGGAGGGUAUGAAAACUGGGAUUUUGGCCCCAUUGGGUUUUCUUGAGGCAGAUACAAAAGUGUUUUGUAAACAUUGUACUUAGCAUUUGUAUAGCACUUUGCCUGCAUAUUCAAAAAGCACGCUGUAAGGCAUGUCAUUGUUAUCCCCAUAUUACAAAUGGGAAGGUGCAAACAGAGGCUGAGAGGUUAUUGACUACCCUAAGGCCACUUAAUAGGUUUGUGGCUCAGGUGGGGACUUUCCAGCUCUUAUCCACCACAUUGUGUCACUUCUCUUUGCCUUGUUAAUUGCAGAAUCAACUACUGAGUUUUAAAAUUGGACAGAUUUGCACUAUAUUACCAUCUGACAAUUUAACUAUAGGCAUUCCUGUAGACUUGAAUGGGCAGUUCUAGAGAAUAACACUGCAGUGAUAAAUGUUCAGUUUUAUAAAUGUAAUGUCUUUAACAAUUUAAAGUCAAUCAGCUCAAAAUUUCAACCCCCUCCUGUCUCAAUCCAGUGAUGAGUUGACUCUAGAAGGGAUCAAACAGUUCUUUGUGGCAGUGGAGAGGGAAGAAUGGAAGUUCGAUACAUUGUGUGACCUGUAUGACACACUCACCAUCACACAGGCUGUCAUCUUCUGUAACACCAAGAGAAAGGUGCGUCAGCAACAAACAAUGCCUGAUUUAGUCAAGUCAUGAUUCAUGUUGGCGCUGACAGUUGGGCAGAACUAAAACUAACUUUUUUUGGAGGAUUACUCCUGCCAAAUUUAAAAAUUAACUGACUGCUCCCUGGCUCAGGUUGACUGGCUGACUGAGAAGAUGAGAGAAGCAAACUUCACUGUUUCAUCCAUGCAUGGUGACAUGCCCCAGAAGGAAAGGGAGUCCAUCAUGAAAGAAUUCAGAUCUGGGGCAAGGUAUGGCAGUAAUUUUUGAAUAUAGCAGGGAUGGGGGAACAUUUCUGGAAAGAGAGCCACGUUAUCCUACUGGAUAGGUGUUAGGGUCCCCCCCCCCAACAGCGGGCAGAGCAGGACCCAGAAUUGGACAGAACAAGAUCCCAAGCUAUUUCCCAUGGACACAGAAGUAUAUAUAUAAUUAUUAAAUCCAUUCACGUUUCACCUUUCCCCAGAGACUUUUACCAAGGUUGUGUGUGUGUUUUAAGUUGGCCAGUACCCUUUGUCUCUCCUCGCUUUGCAAAAGGCAAAAAGAACAGGGUUAUCCUAGCAGAAGAAUGCAGAUAGAAUGAAUGCACAGCUGAACAAGUCUUGUGAAGUAGCUGCAUAGAACUUUGAAAUGAAAUUUCAUCCUGAAAAUUGCAUGCAUGCCAUUAUAAAAUCAUGGACAACUCUUUGCAUAUUUGCAGAAAACACAAGUCUGUGAAGACAUUUUCCUUUCUACUUGGAUCUUUUGCAGUAAUUUUUGCAGACAAAGGAACAAGUGUAAUUUAUGAGGGUCUCUGCAAUUCAAUAACUGCUUUUUUCUUUUUCUUUAUACAGCCGAGUUCUUAUUUCUACAGAUGUUUGGGCUAGAGGGUUGGAUGUUCCUCAGGUGUCCCUGAUUAUUAACUAUGACUUGCCAAACAACAGAGAAUUGUAUAUACACAGGUAAGUGUGCACGUAUAUUAAACUCUUAUUUUGCAAUGGGAAGCUUUGAAAAAGAUUUUGGGGGAGUAGCUUUCCCUCUCCAGUUGUCUAAAAAUGGGGGAGCAAGUGAAAAGGGAGAUACUUGGAUGUUUUGGGGGGACACUUAAGAUUUCUUCCAGAAAAAAUGAUGGAAGAUUUCAGAAUAUAGUGUUUAACAAAGAAAAUGCUCCUGCUUUUUAAAGUCCUUCACAAAACUUAUAUUUAACAUGAAAGAUGUGCCUUUUAAAAAACUUGUAAGAUGAAUUGUUGUAUAGAAUAUAUGGCACAUGUCCAUCAUUAGUAGUUUUUUGGUUGGUUGAAGUUGUUUUUUGGUUGCCCUGAGCAAGAUAAAUGUAAACAAAUGUAAAAAAUAAACAGUAUAGGAAAAUUCUGAUUUGUGUGAUAAUUGCUUAUUUAAUUUCACUGAUUCUGAGUCCCGCUCUUGCCCCACCAGGAUUGGUAGAUCAGGCCGCUACGGCCGGAAAGGUGUCGCCAUCAACUUUGUAAAGAAUGACGACAUCCGUAUUCUGCGAGACAUUGAGCAGUACUAUUCCACUCAAAUUGAUGAAAUGCCCAUGAAUGGUGAGUAUCUGAUUCUUUGCUUAACCUGGUCCUACUCAGGCAGAUAGCCAUCAUCUUCUUUGGAUUGACUGGUUACAUUGCAUGUAUGAAAUAAAUAGCUGUUCACUAAUCAAACAGAAGCUUUGUGAUUUCAAGAUUGCUGAAGGGCAGGAAGAUAGUCCUUCCAUCACACGCAGCAUGCCAGCUCAGUGAUGAACAGGCUCCAUAAUUGUAUUACUGCUGUACAGUACAGACAGUUUAAAUUGGACCUGUUGUCCCAGCUGGAAUCCUGUUGAUAGAUGAGAGAUGAUAUGGAAUUAUGCACAAAUAUUAAUGCUAAGCAAGCUUGUGCAAAUGUUACUCCUGCCAUACAAUAUAGCAAGGAAAUAAAAACAAAACCCUGAGAGUUCAGAUAUGCUGCUCUCUUAAACUUCCAUCAGCUCCAUCCACAUGCAUUCCCUAUCAAAGUUAGUUGCAUUUUCUUAGCCAUAUACUUCAUAAUGGACUAUGUGGUGGAUAUUAGGAAUCCAGGGCUCUGUGCUCCUCCAUAUUGGACACUUCCCACUGUGCCAGACUGUCUCCCCAGCCUUCUGUGUAUUGCAAUUGCGUCUCUUCCCCUGGUCCCUAACCAUAAUUUCAUCUCUUUGUUCAUGCGCAUAAAGUUGUAAGCCAGAUGUCAAAUGGAUAAAUGUUUGGCUUGACCCUCAAGUAUUGUGAUAAAUACUGUUUGCACUCAGCUCAUUAUCAUGCCUUCAUUAUGUUAUCUCUUUCUUUAAUCUAGUUGCUGACCUUAUUUGAAGGAACAGGAUGGACUGAAGACUUUUAGCUGUGAUUUGUUACAGCACCGGCUGCUGUUCACGGCUUCUUAUCUUAAGACCAGGUUGUUGUAACUCUAAAAUAGCUAUAUGUACAUCUGAUUCAAUUAGGCCUGUACUUCUGAAUAUGGUUCUGAAAGAUCAGAGUUGGUGAAAAGCAUAUUGGAAGCAGCUACAAGUUUGUGGUGAUAUUUUUUUAAAAAAACAUUGUCAUUGUGGGAAUACCCUAAAUGUAGAAAACACUUUUUAAUUUUCUUGAUGGAAGCUGUAAAAGUAGCAUCUCUGUAAAUAAGGUGUUCAUUGUCAUCCUGCCUGCUACUAUCUUUUUUUCUGAUUAAAACAAUGAAGUUUUCAUAUAAAUUCCUUGUCAGCUGAAUGGCAACUGGUGCUUUAGAACAAGUUGUUCUGGUGUUAUGCCUCUCAAACAGGGUCAAAUGAUUUUUAAUUAACAAGUGAAGAGGUCAGUUUAAAUGAAGUUUCUGAUGAUGCUAUUUUAUAUAUUUUCUAAUUAAAGGUGCAGUGCAAGGGAAUGCACUGUAGACAUUUUCAUGCUUUUUUUCACUGUUCUAAAAUCUUAUUUAUGUAUUUAUAGCAGGGAAGUGGUAACUUCCAAUUUGUGUGUAUUGCAAGUACUGAUAAAAGAUUUUACCAUGCCAAAUUUUACGUCAGAUGCAGAGGUAUGUUAAGAUUCACUGCUUUGCUAGAGCAGUACAGAUGACAGUACAGUAUUGCCACAUAGUUAUGUACACUCCGAGUUACCUUAAAGUGACUGUAAUGUAUCAACUAUGGUUAGGCAGCAUUUGCAUGUGGACUUUCAUUCUGUAGUGCUUUUUAAAUGGUUGAAUGCUGUUUCUAGCCUUUAGUGACCAACCUGAGCAUCAUUAUUAAAGUGGUCUUCAUUUGAAGUGUGGACCACAAUAAUGGUUGAGCUCCUCUCCAAGGUGAAUUACAUGAAAGUUAGCAGCCCUAUCUCCCUCAGUGUUCCUGUACAGAAUGCUUACUGUGUUUAAACAUCUGGGGGUUGAAUCCAGUUGGACAGCUUUUGAUCCAGCACAUACCUCUGUUGAUAGUUGACUUUUGCUGAUUCUUCCUCCCCAUUGCAAUACCUCUUUAAAAUUUGUUCCAGAGAGUUGAAGACGCCUUGCAGAACUAGGUGGAAAGCAGUAUGGGGUGGCUGAAGGCUGAGUUGUGAAAAAUAGCCUCCUCCCCUCUUCUUCUUUAGUAGCAGCACCUGCUGGGUCAAAAGCUGUUGGGUUCUCUGCCGUGUAAUGAACUUUGACUGGCACUUAAGUUGCACAGAGAACUGAACACCAUUUUGUAAAAGUUAGUCUCUUAUGCUUACAAAUAACCAUUGCUGGCCAGCACAUCAAGAGAUGCUAUAUAGUUGAUACAGUAAAGUUACAUCAACAUUUCUAAAUAAAAAUCAUGAGUUUAAUUUCAUAUAUACACAAUUGAUUUUAAUAAUGUACCGGAAAAUAAAUUACAGGAAAUAACUUUAAAAUGCAACUGAGGACAAAGUUUCACAACAAACAUUCCCACUGAUUUCCCAUGGGGGUGAGAUUGCAGUGCUCAAGGCAGUAAAUAUCACAAAUAUAUCAAAAAACUCCAAAUUGUGUUGAUGCAUUCACACAUUUACAUGAGCCACAAACAUUCCUUUACAGGGACUGUACUUUGCCUAUCACAGAACCAGGUUUUGCCAUAAACUACAAAACUUUGAUACAAAAUUGUAUUUAUAUAUUUAUAUUUUUUACAUGCCCUGUGGUUUCUUAAAAAAUAACUAGACACACUGUACAGACAAUCCUAACUCAUUGCUUUGUAGCUGUAGGCAACAGUUUUUGUUUUUGGAUGGAUUUUCUCCCCCGCGAGUCGUAUUAAUGGCAUUAUAUAUACAUGAAGGCUAAAACUGCAGAGAAAAAUCUGCUCUCGUUUCUCAAUACGCAUAUCCUGUAGGACAAGGUCUCCAAAGUUUAAAAGGCAAGACAAUGUACACUUGAAGAUAGCUUCCUUGGUUACAAUUGUUACCUCUAAAUGUAAUUUCUGUGGAGAUAAUAUACAUGCAUUUGGGUAAUACUGGUAGAAAAGGCAGAAAAGCAAGGAGUAGCUAAAUGUAGUGGCUCAAACAUGACUCCGCAGCUGACUGCAACCGCUGAUCUGUCAGCUGGAUUCAUCAUGUUAACGGUUUACAAGUGUUCACAAAGUUAAAAUAUUGGAUGGGAUAUUUUGUGGCUACAUACAUUCUGUUAAAAGAUUUCCUUGUAUAGGCUCGAUAAAUUACUUCCCUGAAAAACCCUUUUACAGUGGAUAUGUUUCUGCAAGACAGAGCCCACACCACCUCCCCCUGGGUAUACUAGUGUCGAAGCAGAUACCUCACUUUCCUGUUCUCUGUGGCAUUGGGCUGUGUCUCAGAAGCAAAAAAGAGAAAGCCUUAAAAGCCAUCAAAACUUCUUACCCUGCACCCGCACCCUCCCACAAUGUGACGGCAGCAAACUGAGAAGCCAGUCAGAAUAAUCUACUUCUCUAGAGUCAAUGUAAACUUUGGUUUAUUGAGUUCUCAUUGUACAGCAAGCAAGUCUAGGAUGGGCAGGCAGAUGAAAGGAGAUGAAUGGUCAAUCUGUCUUUAAUCUGGCAUGCUGAGACAUCUGUUCAGUCAGGCCUGCUUUGAGAGAGUUUGUAACCGAUUGUCUCAUAGUAUCCUCAAUCAAAUUAUCACCAAGAGGUUUUAUCACCUGCAGCAUGAGAAAUGUACAAAAAUAAAUAAAUAAACGUAACUCAAAACCCCAAACCCGCUGAAACAUAAAAAAAGAAAUUAGACAGAACAAAAAUUAAAAUCAUGUAUGAAAUGCAUCCCAAAGUAUAAUAC